CAUUAAGUGGGUUAUCUUUUACAUGCAUUACAAGUGUUUAUAGAUAAACCAGCACUUCAUCAUUUUCUGAAAAUGCACGAUUCAUGUUUUCAAAAAAGGACCUCGAGUUUUAACCUGCAUAAUAACUUGUGAAAAUCAUUUUCAUCAUGGAGGUUUGUGAAGAAGAGAGGAAGCAGAUGAUGGAGAUAACGAUGCACAACAAGAGCGAAGACCCAUGGCAAUACUCGGACGACUUUGCUGAAACUAACCUGCAACUACUUGAAACACAAAUCCUAAGCGAUAUCGCAUUUUCAUUUGAAGAGGGGAAGGAGGUUGUCAGAGCCCACAAAAACAUGCUUUCUAGCAGGAGUCCGGUGUUCUAUACGAUGUUCUGCGGUCCUUUACAAGAAUCGUCUGCGGUGAUAGAGAUACCUGAUGUAGAUACAAUCAUUUUCAAACAGUUUUUAAGGUUUCUAUACACCAAAUCGUGUGACGUCAAUGCGGAUUCGGUGAUGUACUUGAUUUACCUUUCAAAGAAAUAUGACGUGCCGUCAUUGCAAAACACUUGUCGGGAAUUUCUGAAAAAAGGCUUCAAUGUGGAAAAUGUAUGCACAAUUCUGGGCCAGGCGUUGCACUUUCAAGAAGUUGAUCUACAAAGGGAUUGUUUGAAUUUUAUUUCAAAGAAAACCGCAAAAGUGCUAAAGUCAGUAUCAUUUCUGAGUCUUCCACCAUCUACAGUUGAAUUAAUUCUUCAGGAAGAGUCUUUAAAAUGCUACGAAAUCGAUGUCUAUUUUGCUCUUAAAGCAUGGGCUGUUAAAGCUUGCAAACAAAAAGGAAAUGAUCAUGCAAACACAGACAUGAUUCGUGAAGAGAUUGGAUGUUUGCUACGGUUAGUUCGAUUUCCAACCUUGAGUGCUAAAGAUUUUGCCACACACGUAACUGACGAUGGAAUUCUGACACAGGCAGAAAAGCUUGAUAUAUAUCGGGAUAUCAUUCUUGGUGAAUCAGUCUCUGGCUAUCCAACAAAACGUAGACAACGUCCCACUUUUCGAGUAAAAAGAUUCAAAUCCGUCAAUGCCGAACCAUGGCUACACGGGAAUAAAAUAGAUGGUAUCAGUUUUACAGUGUCUAGGCCGUGUAGAUUGAUUGGAGCAAUACUAUACCGUCCCAUUCAUGAAGGUAUGGUAGGAGGAAAGAUAUCAGUAUAUGAAGACGGUGUUUUAAAAGGAGACAUACAAGAAACCGUUUACUUUGCACCAGAAAAGAAAACGUCUAAUGUGCUGAUUCCCGAAGUUCAACUUGAUCCAGUCAAAACAUAUGGCAUUUGCCAAACGUUUACCGGAAAAGGAACAUACAGUGGUAAGGAACCACAUCUAUCACACGUCGUGAAUGAUGUAAAGAUACAGUUUGGAGAUAUGUUUUGUGGAAAAGGGAUGUCGUCGAUUUCUACUGGUCAGAUAUGUGGAAUAAUUAUCGACGUUGAACUAAAUGUUGACAAUUAACUGAGAAUACAAACAUUGUUUGAAAUAAAUGCAUUGCUAGUUUACGUUCUUCAAACGGAACCUCGGUGGAUACUGAAGAACCAGUAUUAGUUGUUUAUAAGAAAACGAUUCAUUGUUUUAACAUGAUCUUUUGCGCUUUGAUGUUUUGUUUUUUCGAUAUCUAUACUGUCUGUUUAGGAUGCAUAAUAUAUUCUUGAUCGUCUAACUUGCAUAUAGUGUUAUACUAUAAACCUUUCCUUGAAUUAAAAUCAUUCAUGUAUAUAUACUGUCUAAGAGAAAAUCUCGUUGAUUUUUCUGCAAAACUGCCGUAUAAUUAACCAAUAUUUACCAAUCGAUGCAAUGUAUCGGGCUAAUCAAUAUCUUUUUGUUUUCAUCAUUGAA